UCGCAGGCCCGAAUCCCUCUUCAACCUUCUACUUUCUGGAGGGGCACCUUCAACUAGCUCCACGGUGCACUGGCAGUGGCUUCUUUUGCUAUAAAGAAUAAGUACACUUUAACAUAGACACAAUGUCCUUUCUGACAGUCAGCAGGUUAGCGCCUAAACUCCUCAAUUCAAAGAAUGCCACCUCCUUAUUUGUGGCUGCCAGAAAUGCCAGCGCGUCAACAACAAAUCUGAAGGAUGUUUUGGCAGACCUUAUCCCAAAAGAACAGACCAGGAUCAAGAACUUCAAACAGCAGUAUGGCAAAACCAACAUAGGUCAGAUUACUGUUGACAUGGUCUAUGGAGGUAUGAGAGGGAUGAAAGGUCUGGUUUAUGAAACAUCUGUGUUGGAUCCUGAUGAGGGCAUCCGCUUCAGGGGAUACAGCAUUCCAGAGUGUCAGAAGUUGCUGCCUAAAGCUCCAGGAGGUGAAGAGCCACUGCCUGAGGGCCUCUUCUGGCUGCUGGUCACUGGUCAAGUGCCCACUGAGGAGCAGGUGAACUGGGUGUCCAAAGAGUGGGCAAAGAGAGCAGCACUCCCCUCUCAUGUGGUCACCAUGCUGGAUAAUUUUCCCACUAACCUGCACCCCAUGUCUCAGUUCAGCGCUGCCGUCACAGCUCUGAACAGUGAGAGCAGCUUUGCGCGGGCUUACUCCGAAGGAGUCCACAAGUCUAAGUACUGGGAGUUUGUCUAUGAAGACUCCAUGGACUUAAUCGCUAAGCUUCCCUGCAUCGCUGCAAAGAUUUACCGCAAUCUGUACCGCGAGGGCAGCAGCAUCGGAGCCAUCGACUCAAACCUGGACUGGUCCCACAACUUCACCAACAUGCUGGGCUACAGCGAGGCCCAGUUCACCGAGCUGAUGAGGCUCUAUCUCACCAUCCACAGUGACCACGAAGGAGGCAACGUCAGUGCCCACACCAGCCACCUAGUAGGGAGCGCGCUGUCCGAUCCCUACCUGUCCUUCAGUGCAGCCAUGAACGGGCUGGCCGGUCCCCUGCACGGCCUGGCCAAUCAGGAGGUGCUGGUGUGGCUGACCGCCCUGCAGAAGGAGCUGGGAGGAGAGGUGUCCGAUGAGCGGAUGAGGGAUUACAUCUGGAACACACUCAAGUCGGGAAGGGUGGUGCCGGGCUACGGCCACGCUGUCCUCAGGAAAACCGACCCGCGCUACACCUGCCAGCGCGAGUUCGCCCUGAAGCAUCUGCCCAACGACCCCAUGUUCAAGAUGGUGGCGCAACUUUACAAGAUCGUCCCCAACGUGCUCCUGGAGCAGGGCAAGGCCAAGAACCCCUGGCCCAACGUGGACGCCCACAGCGGAGUGCUGCUGCAGUACUACGGGAUGACGGAGAUGAACUACUACACCGUGCUCUUCGGAGUCUCCCGCGCUCUGGGAGUCCUGGCGCAGCUGGUGUGGAGCAGAGCCCUGGGCUUCCCCCUGGAGCGCCCCAAGUCCAUGAGCACGGAUGGACUGAUGACUCUGGUCGGCGCCAAGUCGGGCUGAGGCGCCACCGGAGAGGAGCCGUGAGGGGGGCGGGUUAGUGCGAGGGGUGGGAGGAUGUGGAAAAUAUCGAAAGGCAGACAUCAGUUGACCCUCUGUCAUUUCCAAACCCCAGGGAUUUACCAGGAUUCAAAGAGACAGUACGCUUUUACAGUUAUUUCACUAAAAAAGGGCCUUUCCCCAUCACGUUUGUCCAUUUGGAACACGAGCGGUCCAAACUUCAGACACCCAGGCGUCUAAAACUUUUAGUAGGCUCAGAUUAUAUGUAGAAGUGUUUAGUCUGCGAGCAUCUCAACCCAUUUCCCCUGAGCAUUGCCGGCAUGUUUCUCAACGGGCACUGAGUCGGAACUAUGAACAGGCAGUGGCAUUCAAAGGGAAUUGUGGGAGUGAAGUACACUUCCUUUAUAUUUGUCAGACAGAUCUCCUCUCGCAUAUCUUACCAAAAGCUUUUACCGCUUUGGCUAAAUUUGACAUGUGAUUCAUUGUCUUUCUGGAUGACAUUCCCAAACAAAAGAGCGUCAAAUAAAACCCAACUUUAUUUUCUUCUAUGCAAUCGUAUCAUCCUAUUAAGUUUUUCCGUGCGUUUCACUCCCACAUAUAUGAACACUCCAGCUUAGAAAGACGAAAGGAAAAAAAAAGGUCCUUAGCAGUUAAACAAGUUAAAAUAUCCCAAAACAUGAAGUCGGUUAAAAGAUACUGCCCCUUUAAAUCUUUAAUCUCCCCCUUUUCUCCAAUUUGUAGCUUUUUUGGUUAUUUUUUUUGUUGUUUUUGUUUUAAAGAUGACCUGUAAUACCUCUAUGAUCAAAAUAACUGUCUUGUCUAUUUAGAUUUUUUUUCUUCCUCCCUUUUAAUCUCUAUUUUAAAUGAGUCUGUACUGGAAAGGUCUGAUGAAUGGUAGCGAAUCAGCAGUAAUGUACAAUAAUAAAGGGUGUUGUAAUUGGCAGCCUGUAGUGUAUCCUUAAGAGCAAGCUUGAAUAAAAAGUGGGAUUGGAGGGCUUUGUAGUCACCCCGUGGUAUUUAGGUGUUUCUCGGUCCCUCCCCACAGGAGAGUGCUUUAAAAAUCAAACUACUCCUAAAGUUACACUUGCUUAAUUGGAUUUUCUCAUUUGUAGCAGUAGAACCCUCCAUAGGCUGAUUUGUGUACCUUUUUUACAAAGGUCCCUAUUUUUUUUUUUUUUGGGUGUGGAUAAUGUAUAAAUCUAGUCUUUGGGUUCUCUUUUUGUGGUUUUAUUUAUACUUUUGUGUACAUAGAUAUAUAUAUGUAUAGCCUGAAUGUAUGAGCUCUAUGCGAUCACUUGCUAGUAUUAACCACAAAGAGUGCUACCAGAGUUUACCAACACUGUUAAAAAAAAAAAAAAAAGAAAGAAAGUGUCCAGUUUCCCUGGUCACCUCAAUUCUGACGACGAACAAAAUGGAAAACAAGAAAAAAAAACAAAAUGCAGCUGUCUUGUACAUACAGUCUCUUGCCUAGCUUUUCUGGCUCAGCCGGUGCUGUGUUUUCAAGUGGUUUCACCUGAGCUUUUCAAGCUUGCUUUUAAGUCCUAGGUUUGUCGACACUCCAUGUUAGUGUAGCUGCAGUUCCCGCCUUGCUCUCCAAACAGUCCUUUCGCUUUUGUUAGCCGGAUAGCUCACACAGCCGUUUUGAUUCGCUCUGCUGGUUUCUGUCCUCCGUCAGGCAGGUCUUUUUGUGUUUUUAUUGUGUUCUUCCACGAGGCAGGUCGUGUGAGAUGGGGUUAUUUUGAUCGUAGAGGAGCUUAAAGGUUGUAUAUAACUGGGGGAAGCGUAUCGCGGAUGGUUUCAUCGGAGAAACUCGGUUGGGGGGGGGGGAUAGGGCUUGAGGGGUCAAAUGAGCAAGUAAGCACUUGUUGGAAAACCUAACAAAAAAUUGAAAAAUAAAGGUUUUUAAUAACA